CUACAACACUAAUAAAACUUUUCUGACAUUCGGCUGUCAGUUUCUAAUAAUUUUUUAUAUGCAUUCUUUUUAUUGACAUUCACAUUCAAAAUUAAAACCUGCGACGACAGGAAUUUGGCUUUUGUGAUAUAAUUAACAAUAAAUUGAGCACGAUGGCAACAGCAGCAGCGACAAAGGGGACUACGAAAAUGAGCAAGAUAAAGUCUUUUGUUUUGGUAACUACAGGUGCCGGUUUGUUUUUUAGCGGUUUCAGCAUAUAUAAAGGCAAUGAGAAAUUCUAUACGGAAGUAAUUAUGCCGGUUGUCAGACAUUUACCCGCUGAAACUAGUCAUAAAUUAGCUGUUUUUGCAUGUAAACACAAUAUUUUUCGAACACAAAAUCUACCUGACGAUAUUAAUUUGAAAACCACAUUUUUUGACAGAACAAUUUCUAACCCAAUUGGUAUAGCAGCAGGAUUUGAUAAACACGCCGAAGCUAUUGAAGGAUUAGAUAAAUUGGGUUUUGGUUUAAUUGAGGUCGGUUCGGUUACUCCAGAACCGCAACCGGGCAAUUCUACUCCACGGGUUUUUCGUUUACCAAAAGAUGAAGCUAUAAUCAACCGUUAUGGUUUCAAUAGUGAUGGCCAUAAAGCUGUAUUUGAACGUUUAAGAGAACUUAAAAAUAAUAAAAACUUCAAGGGUGUAAUUGGCGUAAAUUUGGGUAAAAAUAAAGAGUCUAAAUCUGCUUUAAAUGAUUAUACACAAGGUGUACGAAUGUUUGGCCCAAUUGCCGAUUAUUUAGUUAUAAAUGUGAGCAGCCCAAAUACACCAGGUUUACGCGACUUGCAAGAAAAAAAAGAUUUAGAACAACUACUGGAAGGUGUAUUAGUGGAACGCUCUCAAUUGCCGGUAAAUAACAAAGUGCCGAUAUUGCUAAAAAUUUCACCGGAUUUGGGUAAAGCAGAUUUGAAAGACAUCGCUGAGGUUGUUACUAAAAAGAAAUCGCAAAUAGAUGGUUUAAUUGUAUCGAACACUACAACAGACCGUAGUGAUUUAAAAGAAACGACAUUAGCUAAAGAAAAUGGUGGUUUAAGUGGUGCACCAUUACGUUCCAAAUCCACUAAACUAAUUGCAGAAAUGUAUCACCUUACAAAUGGAAAAAUUCCGAUUAUUGGUGUAGGCGGUAUUGCCUCAGGGGAUGAUGCAUUUGAAAAGUUGGAAGCUGGAGCAUCAUAUUUGCAAUUCUACACUGCUUUUAUAUACCAUGGUCCACCAGUAGUAUCACGCAUAAAAAGUGAACUCUCAAAUAUUUUAAAAGAAAGAGGAUAUAAUAAUAUUGAAGAAGUUGUUGGUAAUAACUAUAAAAAGUAUCUAAAUUAA